AUGAAGUUCCUGCGCGACAUCCUGUUUGCUCUGACAUCGAUCGGAACGAUUUUCGCCCAUUUGCGCCUUCCUCCUCCCUUGGCACAGCUCCCGAUCAAGCCUCCCAUGUCUCCUCCAUUUGCUGAAAUCUCACCUCUUCUUCUUUCUCCUCCUCAGCCAGCUCCAUGUCUACCUCCUUUCCCGGAGCGAAUUCUACCUCCUCCGCUAGUAUCUGUUCAGUCCCCACCUCCGGUACCGAGCCUACCUUCUCCUGCGGUUCCUCCUCCACUUGCUCCUCCUGUUCCCCUACCACCUUUAGCUGCGCCUAUCUCACCCACUUCGUCACCUUCUCUUCCACCAACUUGCUCGCUGCCAAUCAUUCAAGGACCAUGUGAGGAACGGCUUAUCAAGAAACGAGCUACUGCGGGUCGUGCACCUCGUGCACCUAAGAAGAAAAAAAAGCGAGAACCUCGUGGAGUCCGGUUUCGAAGACGUCGACAGGCUGCCAAGACAGUCACGUCGUCCUCGACUUCGAAACAAGUCAAGGGUGGUAUACCUGAGUUGGGACUGCAUACUGCCAAACCGCUACCACCUCGUGCGGCUAAAGCUAAGAAAUCGGAGGAAAACCUCAAAAAUGCACAUGUAGAAGAUGAAAAACCAACAACCUUUACGUCUAAAACAGAAGAGCAGGAGUUUUUGCCGUAUCCUUCGGUAAAAUCGCCUACGCCAAGUGCCAAGAAACGUCGAAAAGAGCAACUGUUAGAAGACAAAAAGAGAAAGAUUGCAGAGGGUUUCUAUCAGAAACUACUACUAUACGUAAUUUACACUUGUACUAUACUAGCAUAUAACUGCUACACCAGAAAACGACGACGAGCCACUGGUCGAUCGCCUAAAGUGAAACAGAAACGUCGUGGAUUCUUUGCCAAUCUUAUACGUCCUCCUAGACAGAAUAGCCAAGUAUCAUCACGAUCGCAGCUUGAUAUGACGGAUAGGAAUGCGCUAGAAAAGCAGGAAUUCUUGCCAUACCCAUCAGUAAAGUCGCCAACAAUGAGUGCCAAGAAACGUCGACAACAGGAAUUGUUGGAGGAUAAAAAGAAAAAGAUUGAGGAGGGUUUCUAUCAGCCGCAUUCUGACGAAGAUGACACCUUGGAGCAGAUCAUCAGCCUUGAUAUGGAGCAUUCCGAGACGAGCAAAAUGAGCAAGAAAGCCCCAAAACAAAAAAGACCAUCACUAAUACUAAAACCUGGAUCUCAAAAGGCGUUAGCCGAAUUAGAACCAGUAGCUCAAUAA